CUUUUUUCUUUCCAACUCCACCUCCCCGGGGUAAGACCCGCUGAAGCCACCCACUGUGACACACUAUCAUGUCUUCCACCCCAUCGUCGUCAUCCUCACUAUCAUCCUCAACUCUCUAUGACACAAACCAUAAAAGACGCAAGAUUCGAAAAGGGACCUUUUCCUGCUGGGAAUGUAAGCAUCGAAAGAGACGAUGCAUCUUCGAGCCCGCCAGCAACCCCAGCUGUGUGUAUUGCGACAGCCGAGGGCUGCAAUGCAUUAGCCAAGCCUUUGCCGAUCCAUCCAGCAGCGACAACAACUAUGAGCAGGUUGAGGACCGAAUCCAGUACAUCGAAUCGCUCGUGGACCAUCUACUUCGCCAGCGAAAGAAUGCCCCUCCAACCAAAUCACAGCGACAGGCUGCAGCGAAGAUCUCAGGGGACAAGCCCCCCCUGUUGAGCCAGCACGGGCUCGAUGCAGAAGCCGCCUCCUUUGCUGUCAUCAACCCAGUUGGCAAUUGGCACACACCCACUCGGUCGCUGGGCAGCUUUCUCCUCUCAUAUAUUCCUCCCCCCUCCACUGCGUUCAUGAUUCUAACCAAGGGCAAAUUGUUCUAUUUUCCAUUUACGCUUGUGCAGUCGCCCCGGGUAACCCGCCCACCGGCGACAAUCGAAGCAGCGAAGCCCGAUGCGGCCCUGGAACUGCCAUCAUCGACCACCCCACCGGUCGACCUGGCCCGUAAGCUGGUGCAGCUGGCUCUAGGACUGCAGCAACUCAGCCUGACAUCCUCCCGCGAGGUACAGCUCCAACUGAGGGAAUCACCGGGAGCCGCUGCCCAGCGCUAUCUCACGGUCGCUAGUCGCCAUGUCACCUCCGACAACGAGCUCGUCUGCUCACUGGAGGGGCUGGACACUCUCAUGCUCGAGGCUCGCUAUCACAUCAACGCAGGAACCAUGCGGUCGGCGUGGCUCAUCUUCCGUCGGGCCCUCAGCGUGGCGCAGAUGCUGGGCUACCCCCAGCGGCUCCAGCAAGCGAACCAGAAAACGCAGGCUCUCUUCUUCCGACUGGUGUAUUGCGAUCGGUUCUUGUCGCUCAUCCUCGGUCUGCCUCUUUCGCUGUCGGACAACAGUUUCGCAGACGAUCAUUUCAUGGCGAAGCUCUCGCCAUUCGACAGACUGGAGCGCAUGCAUGUUGUUCUGGCGGGCCGAAUCGCCGAUCGGAACAUGCGCAUGCUGCCUCGCUUUGCCUCGAUCGGACAACGGGAAGAAGUUGGAUUCGAUGAUUACAAAGAGACCGACGACAUCGACUACGAAUUGAGGAAAGCGAUCCGAUAUUUGCCGAUCGCGUGGUGGGAUCCGCCGGUGCUGGAGAACCAGGUGACCGAGGAGGAGAAAAUGGGCGCCCUUGCUCAGAUCAUCACCCAGAUGCAUCACCAUUACCUUCUCAUCCUGCUGUAUCAGCCAUACUUUGUUCAACAUCUGGGACGCUCCCGAGAGGCUGACAGCGUGAUAUCCGUCCUGUCGGCCGGGGACCAUGGCUACAAAAAGCUCGCCAUCCUCUCUGCCAGCCGGGAAGUGCUGACGCGAUGCCUGGCCUUCCGAGAUGAGCACCCGAUGAUGUCCUAUCAUGGGUUGGACAACAAGGCCUUCGUUGCAGCUACGGCUCUCUUGAUCAUCCAUAUCGACGGACAUAAUCUGGGUCGUGCGAAUGCACUGGAGCACCAACGGCCCUUGGAUCUGAGAACUGUCGACAACGUCACCGAGAUGCUGGAGCAGCUCUGUGCACGGAACCACCUGACAAGCCCGACGAUCGGCAUCGUGCGCAAACUGCGAGUGAUCGAGGAGGAGGCGGCGGACGGUGCGGAGUUUUACGUCUUGCGAGCCAACGAGGUCCCUGAGGCUGCGGAGUGCAGCCUGAAACUAGAGAUCUCUUACUUUGGAUCUUUCUGCAUCCUGCGCCGGGCGGCCAGAUCUGCUGCUGAGGUUCCGAUGAUGGCUGUGGCUGAUCCUACUUCCAUGUUCUUUGUCAACAACAUCGGCUUUAUUGGUGGAAUGAACGACAAUGCUCUUUUCUCGACUGCCAGUCAGACACAGGAUCACCAGACCUACUCAGAGAUGGAUUUCUUCAAUGCUUGGAUCGGGACACGGGACAGCACUUUCGUGGUACCGGGAUCUUACACUGGACAGCAAUCUGCAUCACAGCUGAAUUAA